AUGGCUGCUCCUGUGGACCCAGCGACGCGGAAGAAGGUGUUGAAAGUGGUGUUCUUCUCUCUGUUGCUCGAUUUGAUCAGUUUUACCUUCAUUCUUCCGCUAUUUCCAUCUCUGCUGGCAUAUUAUCGAGACCUCGAAGCCCCCGCGCAAUUCAGCAGCUCGAAUAAAUCGCCCUCCCUCCUCACGCAUAUCCUCACAUACCUCAAUGCAUACAAGGCUUCGUUCGCAAGACCAAUCGACUCGAGAUAUGACAUUGUACUUCUGGGAGGAGCUCUGGGGAGCUUGUUUUCUCUCCUCCAGGCAUUCGCUUCUCCUAUCAUAGGAACGCUCUCCGAUCGAUAUGGCCGCCGAAUAGCCCUCCUGUGCAGCAUGGCUGGUAAUAUACUCAGCGUACUCCUCUGGGUGUGCGCCACAGAUUUCAGCACUUUCCUCCUCUCGCGCGUUGUAGGCGGUCUUUCGGAAGGGAACGUCCAGCUCGCAAUUGCAAUCGCAACAGAUAUCUCCGAUGAGAAGCAGAGAGGGGCUACAAUGGCAUUGGUGGGGAUAUGUUUCAGUAUCAGCUUUACAUUUGGACCUGCAUUGGGAGCUUGGUUAAGUACCAUUAGCUCCGUCAAGGCGAAUCCAUUUGCGACAGCAGCGGGAUUCUCACUCUUCUUGAUCGUCACAGAGACUAUCUACCUGUAUCUCUGCCUGCCAGAGACAUUACCAAGUAAAGUCGCCUCCGCAAAACUGAACGGCAUCCCAGCAGCCACAAACGGGUCCACCAGACCCUCCACCCGCUCCUCAACAACAACACAAGCCAAAAUGGUAUCCUCCACCGCCCCCAAAGUAGGCGGCAAGCACAUCCGAACCAACUCCCAUUUCCUCCUCAACCUCACCCACCUAGGCUUCAUCCUCUUCUUCUCCGGCAUGGAAUUCUCCCUCCCCUUCAUGACCUACGACCUCUUCGGCUACACCUCCGCCCGCAACGGCCGCCUCCUCGGCUACAUGGGCCUCGUCGCCUCCCUCCUCCAAGGCGGCGUCACGCGUCGUCUCCCACCACUCCUCUCCGUCCGCAUAGGCGUCGUAUCCUGCCUCCUUGCACUCCUCCUCCUCGCGCGCAUUGACACCGUGGGCGGUCUCUACGCAGCUACUACACUGCUUGCUGUCACUACUGCGACUGUCGUUACGGGUCUGAACGCACUGAGUAGUUUCGAAGCCGGCGAGGACGAGAGGGGUGGGAAGUUGGGGAAUUUGAGGAGUUGGGGACAGCUUGGACGGGGGGUGGGACCGUUGUUGUUUACUAGUGUGUAUUGGUGGGCGGGGAGGGAGGUCGCGUAUACGAUUGGGGGGAUGGGUGUUUUGGGUGUGAGUAUGAUUGUUUUCUUUGGGUUGGAGACGCCGAGGGGGACGGAGGGGAAGAGGAUUGGUGAUGUGAAGGGGGGUGGGGAGGUUGAGUUGUGA